UUUGUAUUGAAAACUCAACGAGUAAAGAGCAAAUCAUAAUUUCAACGUAAAUACUCUUGAACGAGCAGGAAGUUGUGAAAAUCUAGUGAAGUCUGGAACUUGGAAAUAUAAUUUACUUAACUGCUAUAAAAUAAAAAGAAUUAAAAUACAAAAAUGAAGUUUCAAUACAAGGAAGACCAUGCAUUUGAGAAGAGACGUGCUGAAGGUGACAAAAUACGUAGGAAGUACCCAGACCGUGUACCAGUCAUUGUGGAGAAGGCGCCUAAGGCACGUAUUGGUGAUUUAGACAAGAAAAAGUAUUUGGUUCCAUCUGACUUAACAGUUGGUCAAUUCUACUUCUUAAUUCGCAAGCGUAUACAUUUGCGCCCCGAAGAUGCAUUGUUCUUCUUCGUUAACAAUGUAAUUCCACCAACAUCGGCUACUAUGGGAUCUCUAUAUCAGGAACAUCACGAAGAAGAUUAUUUCCUGUACAUUGCCUAUUCCGAUGAAAACGUAUAUGGCAAAAACUAAGCAGCAUUCACAUUUUGGGGGAAGACGUGUAUUGCGGCGUUUGAAAAACUGUAAUCGGGUUGGUGUAUUACAAAGAUGAAAAUUGAAUAAUACAAAAAAAUAAUUAAAUACUUUGUGCUGAUUGAAAAAAAUUGUUUGAGUAAUAAUAUCUUGGCGAAAAGGGAAGGAAAAAUUAGUGAAUAUCAGCAAAAAAAAUUGAUAAAUUUAUUAAAUAUAAUAUUAUAUAUAUUUAAAAAUAUAUACAAUGGAUAUAUAUUAUGUAUAUGAAAUAAUUUGUGUAGCUAUAAAUAUUAGUUAUAAAUAUUAUAAUCCAAUUCAUCUUUUAUUUUUACGGUACUACCCUUGGGUUUGGUACUUUCAGCUAUUUUUAGUUCUUACAGUUCUAAAUUUUCUUAUAGACAUUAUAUAUUUUCCUUUUGUAAUAAUUAUUUUUACAAUGCGAAUUUUCAAAAACCUAUACUAUUUUCUUCCUUGGACGAUGGAAUUGUUCAUCGCCAUCUAGGACAAAACGUGUAUAAAUGAAUUAUUUUUAAUUUUUGAAUAACAAAAUAAAUGAAAAUCGUGCUUGCGGUAUUCCUGUAAUAUUAAA